AUGCCGAGCAUACUCACAGGAUUCGAAGCAAAAGCCAGAGCCAAAGACGAAGAGCACCGGCGGAAACUGGAAGAAGAAGUUCAACGACGCAAGGCUCAAGAACAAGACUCUUCUAAAGGCGAGAACGUCUGGUUUUCGCGUAGGAUCCACGAUGGACACCUCUACCACUGGGCAAUUUUCACCUACGGCAAGAAGUAUGAACUACGUCUACCAAGCAGAGAGAAGUACAAAGAUAUGCUACCAAACGGCCGACUCGUCGGCUCCGUAGUACCUUCUUUCAAGUACCAGGCCAACAUUGUGCCAUGGUCACUGGAAGAUGAAAUGAUGCAAGUGCGCGACGCAAGUCUGACCGCCGAAGGCAAGCCACAUGUCCAGGACUACUACGUCUGCCAGAUUGGAUGGACCACUUUGAGCGAACGCGACGUCGAUGCCCAAUGUGAAGCCGCCAUUUCGGCUUUUGGCAUUUACGUUCUCGGUUUCAACGAUUGCCAAAGCUUCCUGAAGCGGUUUGUGAGGAUGAUCAUUCAUCAACCUGAGGGUUGCGCACUCGACUACCAUUGGUUUGCGGAUAAUGUCGAGACGCAAUAUCUCAAACUGCAAGAGAUUGCUCCAGAUGAGAAUAUUAGAGCGUACCAGCUCCAUCUACAGAUGACUCUGGUGGGGGUGAUUGGUGGGGCUGCCGGCGGUACAGUUAUUGUGUAUGAGCAGCAGAAGCCAAUGGAGGCUGUUCCACAGGGAGGAGGUAGCAAUAAUCAUUCCGGUGGAGCUUCUGGUAAUGCGCACUCUGGUGCGGGCUCUAGUGGAAAUAAUAAAACUAGCAACGUUGGAGGUUUCAGUGCUGCACAGGGAGGCGGCUCUGGUGGAGGCAACAAAACUGGUAGCGGUGGAGGGGAUGGUGGCUGUGAUUGUAGUUGCUAG